AUGUGUCCUACCUAUGAAGGUGCCUCUCAUCGCCUGCACUUUCAAAUAAACGUACUCGACGUUAACGACGAACCACCUAGAUUCAAACCGCCUUGGCCAAAUUAUCCGGAUGCCCAGGCAAAGGCAGUCCUUGUGAAUGAGAUCUCUACACCACCGGGAACUCGAGUCUUUAGUGCCGAGGCAACCGACGCCGACGCCACUGCUGAUCUCGUGUACUCCUGGUCACCUGGCCGCGAGGUGGAUACUGAGGGUCGAUUCUACAUUUCACCAACCGCCAUUAAAUUCCACGUUUUCGUUCCUGUAACCGCACAUCCCAAGAACGUCUCGGCCCACUUGGUCAUCUGUGAGUUUAUUGCGCCCUUUCAAGGCAGGCAGAAAGUGCAGAGGGAAGCUCCGUUCAACGGGCGUCACACAAUUCUCCCCUUCCCGCGUCUACACUCCGCUUGCACUGCACGGGAUUACUUUGGUACGUGUGCAUGCGUGACUGUGAGCAUCACGAAACCGCCCAAGGUCCCUGCACGUUCAGUGGCACUGUAG